AUGACCUUGUCAGAUGAGGGCCGUGAAUUAAGCGAACAGCUGCAUUCACUGCUUCAUGAUGUUGACUCAAGCUUAGAAGAUGACCUCGAGGGAAUCCUCACCUGGGUGAACCCCAAUGAGCCUGGCAGUAAUCAUCAGAUGAGACCUCCUAGCCUGCGAGUGAAGAGUGCUAUAAAAUCGCUAUUGAAUGGCGUAGUGACUUCAGAAUCAUUCAUAGAUCUACUCGGAAAGUAUAUGAUAUUUCAAACUAGGAAGCACUUUUUUUUAAAUUAUCAAUCUUUGUUAUACUUCAAGGAUGUGCAAAAACUUGAACGCUACUAUGAAUUUCCCACUCGAUAUGUCAAUAUAUUCAGCAGCGAGGAAUGGUGUGACGAGAUGAGUGGGUUAAGAAACUAUCUCAUUCGGCAAAAUUCAGGCCUAAAAAACAAUAUACAGCUUCGUCUAGAGCAGCUUGUACACGAAGAUGAUUUUGAUAUGGCAUGCAAAAUCUACGAAUGGCUUUGCCAAGCCGAGGGACGCCUUCUGCCUGAAAUUCUGGUGGAUGUUCUUUUAUCAAAGGUCAAGCUUUUUGCAUCAAAAAACAUGAAUUCCGCAUGGACUCAAAGGUUCACCAUCAUGGAAGCAUACAAUCUCUUUGUCACAAACUACUGGUCUGUUUUUUGUCGGAUGCUUCAAUGCAUGGAAGAUGACCACGAGAUAACUAACGAGAUCUACAGGUGCUUCGAAGAGGAGUUUAUUCGUAUUCGGACUUCUCAGGUCUUUGAUAUAUUUGUAACAGGAUUUCCAACAACAAAGCCGACCUUGUUAGAGCUUAGGAGCGUUCUGAAAACCUCUGUGAAAUAUACAGAACUGAUAACGGAAUUUUUGUAUCAGUUUGAAUCCAAGAUGUUAAAUCCAAGCAUCACGACUGCUGAAAUAUUGCUUUCAUAUGUCAGAGCUAUCAAGAGUAUCCUUAUUGUUGAUGUGUCAUUCAGGUAUUUCCAACUUCUCACAAACUUUGUUCGUCCUUAUUUGAUGGAAAGACAUGAUACAGUUGCAACCUUUUUGUACGCUAUGUUAGGGCUUGACGCCUCCGACUUGUCGAGCAAAAACUCUACAUCAACACACAUGAGCAUAGCAUCUCAGCUUUCUGCUGAGCUUAGGGGUUCACAUCAACCGAUUUCCAGCUCAACUGCUGAAAGAGGAAAUCUACCUCAUGGAAAACACGCUCUUUCAAUGAACCCCUAUGAGCCUGCCUAUCAGCAGAUUAUUGACUAUUAUUUACACUGGAAUCCCGAGCCUGCGGAUUCAAUCCAGGCGAAUAACGACCAAGCAUUAAUAAGCAAAGAGUUGUUUGAUAUUAUUGUCGAAUUGUUCGACUCCAAAGACGUAAUAGUCAGAGAAUUCCUUGGUUUGUUUACCAGAAAGCUAUUGGGUUUGAGAGGCUACAAAUUGGAGUCUAACUGGGUACAGAGUCUCAAAGUUGUGAAGAAAAAACUUGACUUCAAAACUUACUCGAGUGCUCAAGAAUUUUCCAACAUCAACAAUAUUGACGUCAUGUUGCGGGAUGUUAAACACAGUGAAGAACUUUGCUCACUAAUGCACGAAAAGCUUGGUUUGAGUGACCGAAUAAUACCGAAAUUUGUGUCUUAUCUGUUUUGGAAUGCACAUUCUGAUUUUUCGGCGCUGCCGAAGGAUCACCCGCUGCCGAAAGAGCUGGAAGCUGACAUCAACAAUUACAAAAAAGCAUAUACCAACGUCAAAAAAGGUCGGAAACUUCGCCUACACCCAGAGCAGAGUAUUGUGGAAUUGCAAUUGCGCCUUGCUGAUGGACGGGACUUGAAUUACGAGGUAACAUUGGAUGAAGCAUUGGUACUUUCUUAUCUAUCGAGCAAUGGCGAUGGUACUGUGGAAGAGAUUGUAAAGCAAACCAACCUUGAUAUCAGCCAAGUUGAGAAAAGCUUGAAAUUUUGGGUCAAAUCAUCAAUUUUGCGGUACAGCACUGAAACGUCGCGGUAUUCGGUCGAAGAGCGACAAAAUGUUGAUGUGAAACAUGCUGUGGAAAGGCAGUCGUCCUCGGAAAUUGUGAACGCCACUGAUAGUGUAGAUUUGCAACAGCAGCAAUUCAUCGAUUCUAUGCAAAAGGUUUUGCCUUUCAUUAAGGGCAUGCUCACGAAUCUUGGAAGUCUCAAAGCGGACAAGAUUCACUCGUUCCUAAAAAUGGCAGUUCCGAAGGAAAUUGGAUACUCAGCUACACCCUCUCAACUGCAACUGUACCUUAAUGCACUUGUUGAAGAGAGUAAGCUGGUAAAGACUCCUAACGGGGCGUUUAGAUUGGCAAAAUAG